AAUAUUUGUCGGCGCAGGGCUCUGAAUCGUCGCCAUUUUUUUCUUCACCUAGAAAAUUUUUUCAUUCAUCUGCGUUAGUAUAUUGAACGUGUUAAAUUAUAGAAUUUAUUUAUUUAAAUAAGGAAAAAUUGCUUAAAAAUAUUAAAAACGAAGUUAACUAAAAGAAAUUAAUAAAAAAUGAGUGAUAUGGAAAUAUCCUCAAUGGGUAUUGCCCAAAAUUUGCCACCGGACUCUUACGACACUGGUGCAAAUAUGGGUGCUCCGUCUACAAAUGCCGAAGAUGGAAUUUAUCAUGAAAAAUCUGAUGAUAAAAAGUCAAAAAGUUCCAAGGAUGAACGUUCUCCUUCUAAAACUAAAGAUUAUGGUAAAGAUAGAGAACGCAGUGAGCGUGAACGUGAUCGGGAAGAUAGGGACAAGAGUCGUAAGAAAAGGGAUCGUUCCAGAGACAGGGACCGUGAAAAAGACAAAGAUAGGGAACGUACGCGUGACCGCGACCGUGAUCGAGACAGAGAUCGUGAACGUGAUCGUAAACGUGAAAGUCGAGAACGAAAUGAGCGCAGUAGUCGAGACCGUGAUGUAGAUCGAGAUCGGCGACGACGCGACAGAGAUAGAGAACGUGAUUCACGUUCACAUCGUAGUCGAUCUCGCACCUAUGACGAUUACGAUUCCAGACGUGGCAGUCGGCGACGUUCCCGUAGUCGUGAUAGAGAUCGUGAUCGUCGCAGGGAUUAUCGCGAUAGAGAUCGAGAACGUGAUCGUUCUCGUAGUCGUAGCCAUGAACGUUCUCGAAGACAUACUAGUCGUGAUCGUACACGCAGUCGCGAGCGAGAUCGUGUGCGUCGCAGUCCUUCACGUGAAAGAUUCCCGAAUAUGCAUUUGGAACCUAUAAAGGAAGAAGUACCGCAAGCACGCUUUGACUUGACUCAAACUAUACAAGAACUUAUGAGCAGCACUUCCAAUAAUAAGCAUUUUGCUGCUCUCUUCAAUUGCAACAAUAGCAAUGAUUCUACUUCAAAUGGUCCUACAGAAAUGUCUCAAGAAGAAGCUGCUGAACGUAGACGCCGUCGUAAAUCUCGUUGGGGUGGUACUGAAAAUGAUAAAACUUUUAUACCCGGCAUGCCGACUAUAUUACCCUCUACUUUGGAUCCCACGCAACAGGAAGCGUAUUUAGUUCAACUACAAAUUGAGGAAAUAAGCCGUAAGCUGCGUACUGGCGAAUUGGGUAUACCACAGAAUCCGGAAGAAAGGUCUCCCUCGCCGGAACCAAUUUAUAGUUCGGAUGGCAAACGGUUGAAUACACGUGAAUUUCGUUAUCGCAAGAAAUUGGAAGAACAAAGACAUCAAUUGAUACAGAAAAUGCAGGCAGUUAAUCCUGAUUUUAAACCGCCAGCAGAUUACAAGCCACCAGUAACACGUGUUAUUGACAAAGUUUUAAUACCCCAAGAACAACAUCCUGAUAUUAAUUUUGUGGGACUUUUAAUUGGCCCCCGUGGCAACACAUUAAAAGCCAUGGAAAAAGAAACUGGCGCUAAAAUUAUUAUCAGAGGUAAAGGUUCUGUCAAGGAGGGCAAGGUGGGACGCAAAGAUGGUCAACCUUUGGCUGGAGAAGAUGAGCCAUUACAUGCUUUUAUUACUGCACCCAAUCCGGAGGCAGUCAAAAAGGCCGUUGAUAAAAUUAAAGAUGUCAUUAGACAAGGCAUUGAAGUACCCGAAGGUCACAAUGAUUUGCGACGCAUGCAAUUGCGUGAAUUGGCCCAACUAAAUGGAACUCUACGCGAGACAGAUUGUCCUCGUUGCACAAAUUGUGGAUCGGCCGAACAUAAAUCAUGGCUUUGUCCUGACAAACCAAAUGUCACCAAUAGUAUUGUGUGUACUUCUUGUGGUGGAGCCGGUCAUAUUUCGAAGGAUUGUCGUAGCAAACGUCCUGGCGCCGGUGUUGUAGGUGCUGAAGCCGCUACUGAAAACUCUCAAGCUAAAAUUGAUGAAGAAUAUCUCAGUUUAAUGGCUGAAUUGGGUGAAGGACCACCACCCUCUGCCGCACAAAAGUCUACGGCUGAUCCAUUAGCACAAGCUCAUAUUAAUCGUGGUUAUAGUAUUUUUGAUAAAAAACCCAGUACUAUGCAGGCUAUACAAGCACCACCACCAGGUCCACCAAGUGGUAUGCCACCAUCAGGCAUAAAUGUUAUAGCACCGCCACCACCAAUACCUCCAGCUUGGGGACCAUCUUCGAAUGCACCACCCAUGGGUAUGCCGCCAUUGAUACCGCCUCCACCAAGUUCCCAACCACCACCACCAGCUGCUCCACCAGUAAUGCCAUGGAUGAGUGCUGCACAACCCCCUCCACCAGGCGGCGAUCCGCCACCACCUCCCGGCACUGGCCCAUUACAACCACCAGGUACUGGAGCCAUGCCCCCAUUACUACCGCCACCACCAGGUACUGCACUUCCAGGUGGUUUGCCACCAUGGCCCGGUGCGCCUGGUUUAAUGCCUCCAGGAUUUCCUGCUUGGGGUGCAGUACCUGGUGCAUAUGCACCUCCGCCACCUCCACCCCCUUGCGCUCCACCACCACCAGGUCUAAGUGGCUUAGCUCAACCGCCACCACCACCUCCGCCAUCAUAAGCAGUGGAAUGAGCUGAAGUCAAACUAAUUACAAGAAUAAGAAAAUCUACAAAAUUAAAACUUUGUCAAUUGGUUGAGGACUUGAAAAGUGUUGCAAUCAAUUAAACAACAGACAGACAGUCAGUGAAUAAUAAUAAUAAUAUAUUUUACUUAUUAUUAAAGUAAUUUUAAGUAUCUAUAACUAAAAAAAAAAAACUAAAAUAGUUUGUGUUUUCCUUUAAAACAUGUAGAAAGCAUUAAUUUCUACAACUAAAAAUAAUUCACGUAAUUAAACCAAACUUAAUAAUGAAUCAAAAUUUAUAAAACAAAAAACCCAAGCUAUUUUAUUAAAUUGAUUUGAAUUACUUUAAUUUUAAAUUGACUAUAAUAUUACGCAUGUAUCACUAAAGCGCGUAAUUGCUUAAAACAAAUACAACUAAUGUAAACAAAUAUAUAAAUCCAUUAAUUUGACUAUAAUCAAUAAAGUUUAAGCAAAAAA